AUGAAGCCCACCUCGAAGGAGGUCAAAGUGAGGUACUGGACGUGCAAGCUGUGCGAGUACAGCAAAAACACGGAGGAUAUGACUGAAUGCAAGAACUGUGGCCGUCCACGUGGCUACCAUCCAGAAAGGUAUCAGCAGCGAUUAAAGGAGAUUCGCACAUGGACCGAGGAGGACGAACCAGAAGAAGAGGGCGGAAUCGUGGAGUAUUGCGGCCUCAUCGUAGGUCUGUUCAUCCUUCUCCUUAUCAUUGCCAUCCUGGUCUGGGCAUACUACCAAGAUCAGAAGGCCGUCGACACGUACAGGGGCAUGCUUCAUGAAUCAGUGUCGUUUUUACUGUGCUACGCAAUGAGUUCCAGCAGCAGCAGCGAAGACGAGGAAGAUGAUGAGGCCUACACCUUCAACCCCGAGCACCUCAGCGAAAUGUGCCAGCUCGCCUUGGCGGAGGAGACAUCCCGCCUGUUGGCUGCAGACAACCAGAUCAGCCCCAUGCCCACAGCAGGGCCUGCUGUUCCACUUCGGCCUAUGGAGCUGAGGGAGCUUAGCACAGAGGUCCCGCGAGAGCCUUCCUGGCCUUCGGACGGACCUUCGUCCUGGAAGCAAGCGGAGGCCUCCACACCGACCUCGGUCUCCUCACGAGCUCAGGCAGCUGCUGGUGAAAGCCACACAUCCGGCACUGCACAGGGCUCCCGAUCAGACAACCCGGCAUGGGAAGUUUCGCCGAGCUCCAAGGUGGAGGCAGUUGAGGUGCCUGAACCCGACAACAAACACAAGUGCACGCCCAAGAAUCCGUUCUGGGUGCAGCCUGAGGUCAUUCAGAAGAAGCCGAGUUCUCGCCGGAGCCGCUUGGGCCACCACCAAGAAGGUUGCGAUUCUGGAGCGGCACUGCUGCGGUGUCUCAGUGAUGUUGUCGAUGCCGGUGAUCGAAAUCACGAGAUCGAAAUUGCGGAGGAAGAGCUGACGACGGUGCACAUAAGCAGCUGGGAGCAGCGUCUGGACUGGAGAAGCUUUCUCAGCGAGGCCGUGGCUUCAAGCCUGGCUCGACAAGCCUUCCAGAAUUUCGAUGUCGAGGCGGAGCCUCCGGCAUAUGCAAGACCACCUCCGUCCUCCAAAGAGAGUUCGAAGCAACAGACCGGCAACCGGUGCGUUGCACCCAAUGGCUCGGGUGCGGUGCCCAGAGCAAGGGGGGCGUUGAGGGUGCCGUGGUGUUCUGCACUGUGCGACGUCAUGCCGUUUGCCAGGAUGGAUGCCCAGCUGAGUCGUGGAGUCAGACAUUGCCGGUGCAGCCCAGUCAGCACGAGCGCAACUUCGCGACAUUUCUCUUCGCAGUUGUCGAAGCUGUCAACACUCAUCAGUUUGCGAGAGGCAGCUUUCACUCCGAGUUUCACCUGA